GGCACUGGGGUGUUGGAAGCAGCACUGAGGGGCCCCUCGCUGCCCCCAUCAUGGCAUCUGCUCUCAUGAUCCUUUUCCUUGGCUGCUGGCUGGCCGGGCAGAGCGGGGUGUCUGGACAGAGUGGAGAGUCUGGACAGCUCCCUGCGCCCGGACCCUCCAUCUCCGUCAGCCCCAGCGGGGUGAUCGUCCUGGGGAGAGCUGUCACCAUCCGCUGCCAGUGUCGGUGCGAGGCCAGAACAUUAUUGCUGUAUAAAGAUGGAAUCGAAAUCUGGGCACUGGAUGCUGCUGGGGACGGGGGUGAAUUCACCAUCCCCAGCGCCAGGCGGAAAGACAGAGGGGCCUACAGCUGCCGAUCUCGCUCCGGAUCGGAGCCACCCGACUGGUCGUAUCCGAGUAACAUUGUGCAGAUCACUGUAGCAGAUCCCAGCUUACCCAGACCCUCCAUCUCUCUGAGCCUCAUUUGGCUCAAUGCCCUAAGGGCAAACGCCACCAUCCGGUGUCAGGGGCAGCGCCGGGACGUGAGGUUCUUCCUGCACAAGGCUGGAGACCUGAACCAGCAGCGACACACGGACCCUGCUGGGGCCGGGGCCGAGUUCCGCAUCCCCAGCGUGGGCCGGCGGCAUGGAGGGAGCUACAGCUGCAGCUACCGGCCCCGGUCAGAGCCCUUCGUCUCGUCAUACGUCAGCAGCUCUGUGGAGCUGGUGGUAGCAGGCGGAACCGACUCGAUUCACCCUGGAGUGUCGCCGGCUCCCACAUGCCCGGGCAGCGCGGGUCCAGCAGGCCCCCCCCCGGAGCGCCUGGAUUUCACCAAGGCCAACAUCGCCUGCCUGGUGCUGGGCGCCGUGGUCCUGCUGGUCCUGGGACUGAUCCUGGUUGAGGCCUAUUACAGCUGCCUAAGAGAGACAAGCUAG